AACAAACUUAUUAGUGAUUUGGUUAAAAAUCCUGUGGGAAUCGGGGACCCAAAACCACAGCUAAACCCCAUUCUCUCUCUUUCUCUGGCCAUGGCUUCCAGGUACCGCGCCCUCACAAGAACCACCAUUUCUUCUCUGAAGUCCGCCAUGAAACCCAAAACCUCUCUCCCCAACUCCACAACAUUACCACCCUCGUCUUCUCCCACUCGUCUCUCUCUCUCUUCCAGGCAAGCACACCACCGCAACUGGUUGGACACGGAAUUGCGUUGCUGCCGGUCUCUGUAUCCGCUCCAUAGCACGGUGGCUUCUGCGAGGCUUAUUUGUUUUUUGGGAUUGGAUGGGAAGGCGUCGAGGUCGAUGUCUCAGGAGUUGGGCCUUUCGGUGCCGCGAUAAAAGCUCGGAAAGAUGUUAGUAGAAUGGUUGAGAGAGCCUUGUCCUUGCCUCAAAUCUUAUUUUUAUUUUCUUAUGGUCACCAUCAAAGAAACUCCUUGGAUUUUGAUGGACUACUCAUCUUUGAUCACCAUUCCAUUGUUGGGUAAUGACUGAAUGACAUGGAACUAUUUUAGGAUCAAUGACACACGAUUUCAAGUUUUGAUAGACUUUAA